GUCAGGAAGGAAAAUUAGUAUUCAUUUUUUUGUCAUUAUUAAAAAUUUAAUGAACAGCCAGAGGAAUUGAUUUAACAUUUUCUACUGGAGCCUAUCAAAUAAUAGAGCCAGACGAUGACCAUUCCAAACUAAUAGUAAAAGAAGAAAACCUUAAACGAUUACAUUCGAUUGACGGUGCUAUUGCUACAGUUUCCGUUGUCGGAAAAUAUCACUCGGGGAAAUCUUUUUUGUUGAACCAAUUAAUUGGGGACAAGAAAGGUUUCAAUGUUGGGCCACAAGUUAGUCCCGAGACUAUGGGAAUUUGGAUGCAAAAAAAAGAAAUUAAUGGAAAACACGGAAACUUGACAAUAGCUUUUUUUGACACGGAGGGCUUUGCAGCCAGUAAUAUAUCAGAGUCAUACGACGCAAAAAUAUUCGCCGUCUCCACUCUAAUCAGCUCCCUACUACUGUAUAAUUCUGUGAAAAUUAUCGAUCAGAGUGACAUCGAUUAUCUCGAAGUUCUUGCCAGAAGAACGAAGUUGUUCGCACUCCACUCUCAAGUUUCCACUCAAAAGUGGAAAACGAUGACUUUUAAUCACGAUUUAUUAACGUUUCCCCCAUUAAUUUGGAUUGUCCAGGAUUUUGUACAGUCUGCAACUGAUAGUCAGAAAUGGUUGCAAAACUUAAUGGAAUCCCACUUUCGAGAAAAUGACGAGUACGAGAUUAGUCUGUUAAGUAUUUUUAAAUCCAUCGAUUGUCACACGAUGUUUUUACCCGCAGUUCAGAAAUCUCUGUUAAGAGACUUAUCUAAGGUGUCUGAGCAUGAUCUUACAGAAGAGUAUAAGGCAGAGAGAGAAGAUCUAGAGCAGAAAAUCUACGAUCUAUUAGUGCCGAAAGAAAAGGAAGGUAGACCUAUGACAGGUACUGAAAUGGCUUCCCUCAUCAGGAUCCUUGUUGAGGCCGCAAAUAACGGAUCUCUAACCUCUAUACCGAGUCGUUGGGACUCAUUUGUCAGGAAUUUAAUAACAACUGCUAUAGUUGACUGUGCUACAUAUUAUAGGAGUGUGUUAGAAAGUUUCGAUGAGGCGCUACCCCCAAAAGAGAUGCAGGAUCUACACAGGGCAACAGAACAAAAGUCUUACGAGAUGUUAGCGCAGCUGUUGCUGGGAUAUGGUAUCAGAGUAAAUGAGGCAAGAGAUGCUCUCGGUAAGAAAAUUGAAAAAUAUUCCAAAAUUAUUCAAAGAUACAAUGAGAGGAAAAUUUCAUUAAUGAUUACGCAAAUUCGAAAUGAAAUAGAAGAAGAAUUUGACAAAAAUUUGUACCAUAUCAGCUUGCCUCAUCCAUCAGUACAAUAUCAAAAAAUAAUUGAAAAACUAUUAGUGGAACUACCAAAGCGAUAUCAAAAAAUGAUUAUUGAUUAUGUUGACGAACAAAGGCUUGAGGAAGAAUGCAGUCUAAUUAAUAGAUCAUUAAUAUUACAUGCAAGAUCUUACCAGACAAAAAAUUAUAAAGCUUUUCUAGAAGAAAUGGAAACAGCAGCCGAUACCUCUUUCAGGCUUGUUCAUUCAGCAAUGGAUGAAUUUGUGACAUGUCUUACUACCACUGAUAUGGAAGAUAAAAUUUCAGAAUUGAUACAAAUGUAUAACGAGUCUUUUGUAGAGGGCUGUUCUAAGUCUCGAGAUGAGGAGAUUUUUGCUAUUUACAAAUUACGUUACGAGAAACUUCUAAUGUCGAAAAUCGGCGAAUUACGAGAGAAAAAUUUACGACUUUUAAAGGAGAAACUCUCCUCGGGGGUUGAAGUUUCUGCUCUAAAAAUAGUAAAAGUAGUAGUUAAACUACCUCAACAUGACUUAAAUAAGCUGUUAGAUCUCAAGGGAAAGGCUAUAAUAAGGGAAUUUUCUGAAGAAUUUGCUGACUAUAAAGACAGCUCACAAUUCCAUAGCUCCUUAAAAAUUUUGCACGUAAAUUUAAUUUUGUUUACCGUGAUAUGAAAUUAAAAAUCAAACUUUCAUUUGUCAACAAAGGAAAAGUUACAAAAUAAUAUUGAAAAACGUCUGAAAGAUAAUGAAAAAGCUUACAUGAAAAAAAUUGAAGGACCUUUGAAAAGGGCUAAAAAACUAGCUCUCAUAUCAGCUAAUAAAUUCUUGACAUCUUUCAGUCUUCGAAAAUAUAUUGAGGCAAUAAUCUUGGAGUGUUUGAAUGAAGGAGAAACCGAAACGUGGGAUUUGAACUUAAAAGAGAAUAUCAUUAAGAAUUUUAUGGACGCAGAUCCCGAUAUAGUAUGGGAAUUUCAGUUAAGGGACGGAUAUUAUUCUUGGCUUAUAGGAAAUAUAGAGUGGCUCUUAUGGACUAUCGGUUGGAGAGACUAUUAGAUAAUAAGUUUUCAAUUAAAAAUAAAACUUUUUUGAUAAUCAUUAAUAGACACUUGAAAACAGUGUGUUCACUUUCACCAAUGUGCUACGUAUCUAAUUAAUGAAUUAGUGUUACAAGCUUGUAAAUAGCUGUCAACCAAUUACAAGUGAAUGAAUAUAGGCCUAACGAAGUGACAUUGGAAUUCGUGUGCUAUGCGCGUGGCUUUGUAGGCCUAACGCGCCUAAAAAAAGCAGUUCCGUUCCAGACGCGCUUGUCAAUAUAUGUUAAUACGCUUAAAAUGAGUUCCAUUUUAAAAUUGCCUUGAAAGUUGUAUUUUGACCAUAUCUGUCUAAAUGAAUAUUAAUAAAUGUUAAAAAAA